AAAACAUUUCCAGAUUCCUGCAUGUGACUACAACUACACAUUAAAGCGUCCUUUUUGCUGAGAACCAAAAUCAAACAAGGUAAAUGAGGAGAGUUUUUCAAGAGGAGGUUUCAUUGUCUCUUUCCAGAGAAGGAAAUAUGUUUGAUACUCCUGGACUCAUUUGUAUGAUUUUGUGGUAUAUGAUGCUGUUUCAUCCCUUGCAUGCUGACAUCCAGUGUAUGGAGUCAGACACACAGGAAUCACCUAUUACAAAUGUGAGUGUGGACUGGAGAAAAAUGGAACUGUCCUGGGAGAGCAGCAGGAACUUCUCUGAGUACAGAUGUAUCAUCAUGGACAGAGGCAUGGAAUAUAUAGACACAGAGGUGGAUAGUCCACUAUGCAGCUUUCCUCUGGAACUACACAUGCCUAUGCACAAAGGACUAACCUUUGUCAUUGAAGUGCCAAACACAAACAUCUCAAAACAAUGCAGCUUUCUCCCUGGAGGCAUGAAGGGCUCAGCCAUUGAAAACUUCUCCUGUGUGAUUUAUAACAUCUUCCUCAUGAACUGCACUUGGCAGGCAGGAAGGGAUGCUCCAGCAGACACACAGUAUUUUCUCUACUGGCAGCAGUCAAGAGAUGAAGAGGACAUGGAAUGUGAGCAUUAUAUUCAAGAUGAAAAUUUCAGAAAUGUGGGCUGCAUCUUCCAAAACGUGAGCAUAGGGACUGAAAAAGCUUACUUCCUGGUGAAUGGGUCUAGCAACAGCUCCCUGAUACAGUUCUAUGAUGAGUACAUUGACCUGUAUAAAAUUGAAAUACUCACUGCUCCACUAAAUGUCACUGCCCAUUGUACCAGAGAUCCUAUGAGUUGCAUAAUUAUGUGGCAUCCACCCCUUACAAGUCAUGUGGAAAACACAAAGUGUUUUCAGUAUGAAAUUAGCAUACAAAAUAAGGAUGAGCUCACAGAAGAGAAAAAGCUUCCUCGUGUAAGGAAUGACAGAUAUGAAUUCCAAAAUUACAAUGAGAAAAAAAGAUACACUCUGAAAAUCAGAGCACGUGGAAAAAACUGUCUUGUCAGCUCAAACUGGGGGGAAUGGAGUGAACCCAUUGAGUUUGGUCAAGGGAAAGAUUACUUUAUUUUUGUGAUUUUAUUUCUGAUUGCACUUGGAACUAUCUCAAUUACACUUCUCCUGUAUUGUCUUCUCAAAAGGUACUGCAGUUUCAAGAACCUAUUUCCUCCCAUACCACAACCAAGAGACAAAUUCAAUGCAUUAACUGAUGAAGAUAUCCAGACGGAAUAUGUAAAUCUACCAACAAAAAGUCAUACUGAGAAAAUAACUACAAUUGAGGAAUGAUUCGACUUUCCAAAAACACAGCUGAUUCCCCAACAUGAAAGAAAAUUAUGGACCCUGCUGACAAGUACUUCAAACCAGUCUAUAAAAGAAUAAAAUCACCUAUAGAACUGUUUGCCUCCUUAAAAUCCACUUAAAUGGAGCAGAUUAAAAAAAAGGGAGAAAAGUCAGUGAAAUUUGUUCCUUUCCUUUUGUUCAGACCCACAAUGCCUGGCAACUAAGCUUUUCUGCAAGCACCUACUUUGAAGAAGUGCUUGAACCUUGCUAAGAGGUUCUUCACAAUGUGAGACAAUGUGAGCCCUCUUAACCAGAAUGAAGCUGCUACUUCUUGUCUUCAUUGCUAUGAAGCUUCUUGCCUCUCAUUAUAAUGAUUUCCUGUAGGCUGACAGCCUUGCUGUAUAAUGCCACAGCAAUUAUACUGUAAUUUUUGUAUGCCCAGUUAUUUUCUAAAGCACAAGCCAGCUAUUUAGAAUGUGUUAAAAUUUGCUCUUUGGUCUUCCAAUCAGUACCACCAAGCUAUCCCAAUAUGUGCAAUUAAGUUUAUGCAAGAAUA